AUGUCGACUUCAGCCGACGUUCCCAACAAAACACGGCGCUCGCACCAGACGUCCACCAUUCGUGCCGUGCUGUCAUUACCGCCGCACUGGCUUCAGAUGUACGAUGAAUUCAUCACCAAAAAUGCGAGCCAGGUUUCGCAGAUAGAGUCAGCGCUCCGAUCACUCACCUACAUCAUCCCUGGCCGGUUCCGUGACGCCGAAAUUGCAUCCGAGACUGUACAUUCAAGCGUACAACUUCUCUCGCUUUACCAUGAUACCCUACUUAUGCGCGCCAUAUCGCGCAUUCCGUUGGCGCGAUUGCCAUCCCCUCAUAGUCGAUACACCAAGUACUGGACUCAACACAGCCCGAUGUACCGUCGAAUUGCAAUGCUCUUGCAGAUGGUCACCUAUACACAACUGUUAUGCGAGAUGGCAGCCAAAAGACGAGGCGGCGAACGAAGUCGGUGGCGCAUCAUUGUGCUAUUGGAGGCUAUCAAGGCUCUAUGUCGUCUAUUGCUGCUCCGCGUGACUCGCGCGCGACCCCUAGUCACACCCGUCCUACCUGAGCGUGAACCUAUUCCGGAGGAGCCAGAAGCUGAGGAUGAUAGUGGUUUAAAGGAGCUAAUGGGCGAGUCUGCCAAUGGCCAUGCCACAGAAGCAAGUGACGAUAAACCCAAACCCCACGAAAAGGAUUGGACAAUGCCAAGGACCGGUAUGAGCCUGCCUUCCCUACCGAACGCAGGCGAUAUCAGUGGCUACCUUUUGAGCAAGGUUUUGACGGCAGACGAUGUUAAACCGGCGGCCAAACUACUGAAUCAGCUUCAGGGAAGUGCGCAGGCAGCUGAAGUGCUUCAUAUUCUUGCGCCCCUGGUAUACGCCAUUGCUCUUUCACGAAGCAAGAACAAAAAGUCCUGGACACCAUGGCUCGUUGGCCUAAGUGUCGAAUACGCUGCUCGUCAGCUCAGAGACCGAGGCUUCAGAACAACUCCGUUGGAACGCGAUGAAUGGAGCAAGAGAGGCUGGGCUAUGGGUUGGUGGACUAUGCGUGGAGCCUUCUAUGAGAACAUCAUGAAGGGCGUCGUUGGGGGCGUAAGGUCAAGGGUACCUGGAAUAAUCGGCGGUAUCCUAGAAGACUACGAGUAUCUGUGGGAGAACUAUUACUUCAGCACCAGUGCUUGA